AAGCAAAGAGCAGUAGAACCGGUUUCAGUUAUGUGUGCAGAUUGUCCAAUGGAACAUGGAACUUUUUUUAGCACUUAUAAUUUGUUGUUCUGUGCUAUGCACUAUAUUUUAAGAGAGAAUAAUCUGCUACCCAUUGCAUGCUGAUCUGACCAGGACACAAAGGGGAUGCCUCUUAUCUGGGAAUGAUGCGAAUGCCCUCGUGAAAACUCCGUAACUCAGAUAACAGGAUGGCCGGGAAGCCAUUCCGGGCUACAUUCAUCUGGAGCAGCAUCAUCACCAACCUCCAGUCGCAGGUCGAGGUCAAGAGGCGGCGCCAUAACCUCAAGUCCUACCCCGACUGCUUCCUGGGCUCCGAGGCCGUGGACGUGGUGCUGGCCCACAUUAUCCAGAGCAAGUUUUGCGGCGAUGAGGACGUGCCUCGCCCCAAAGCAGUGCGUCUCUGCCAGGCACUCAUGGAUUCGCGGGUCUUCGAAGCUGUGGACACGAAGGUGUUCGGGAAAGAGAAGAGGCAGGCCAAAUUCGAGGACAGCAGCUGCAGCCUGUACAGGUUCCUCAACAUGCCCAGUCCUACCAAAAAUACAAUGGAGAGUGGGUGCAGCUCACAUUGGAGUAGUAAACCUUCCAAAAGUGAAGAAGAACAGGAAUAUUCAAACAUCUCACCAGUGAAAACGGAUAAAUCCCUGGAGGACGUUUUAGGGAACCUAAACUCUAAUACAACCAUCACACCCCAGCUGAUGAAUCUGGGCCUAUCACAGGAGUUGGUAGAUGAGGUCUGGCAGCAGCAGACAACACUGAGACUGCUGCAGCUGAUUGAGCUUCCCUUGCUAGAAAGCCUUCUAGAAGGCAAGGAAAGCCCCCGUCCUCCUCUCCAUGGCAUGGACAGUGAUCCAGACCUCCUCUACACCAGCAACUAUGUGGACCGAGAGAUACUCAAAGCAUUCAGUGAAGCUCAGGCUGAUGACUGGCUGUCAGCAGCUGUGGACUGCCUGGAGUUCCUGCCUGAUCAGCUGGUGGUGGAGGUCAGCCGCGGGCUGGCUCGGUGUGCAGAGGACACGUCCCAGUACAAGCAGCUCCUGUAUGACAUCCUUGUCCAGCACUACGGCAAGACGGAGCACCCUCCGCUGCUCAGCAACCACAUCUUCGACAUCCACAGUGGCAUCUCGGAGUUGCUUGUUAACGGGAAGCAGGAGCAGGCCCUAGAGGCCUUGCAGCUGUGUCUCAAGCUCCAGGAUUCACGGAGCAGAGAGGAGCUCCGCAGACUUCUUCGCUUCAUGGCUCUCGCGAGCCGCCCACACAAGCUCAAACUACACAAAGAGAUAGAGAACAGGAUGGCAGUGAAGCGAGCGUUCUCUAGUGCUAUUGUGUACAGUGCCAAACUAGCCAAGGGAAAGGUGGAUCUUCUGGUGCUCUUCAUGAUGGACAAUCACUUGGACCUUUUCAAGAUUCCUGUAUCAUUGCACAAACUUGUUGGAGACAAACUGGCCAGCAUUAUCAAGGGGAAAGAUCCAGAUGUCAUUGUAGGCACAACUUACUGCAGACGCCUCACAGGAAGCGCAUAUGUGGAGACCAUCCAGAAAACCACUAAAGAGGAGCUAUGGUCUUUACUCAGGACUAUUCAAGAGAACUCCAGACUCUCUGUGAAAGAAAAGAGACGUCUGCUCGGACAAUUCUACAAAGGCCAUCCUGAAAUAUUUGUGCAAUAUUUUGGAAACCAAAUAGCCAGUGCUUAUUUGUAAAAGGUUGCUGAAAACUGUUUCACAAGAUGUACAAAGUGUCAUAUAAAUUCUGUAAAAAAAAACAAACUGUAAAUGUUGUAUAUACAUGUAAAUGUAAUUUACUUUUUUGUGUUAGCCUGUGCUAACAGAAAGGUCAAAGCAUGAAAACAUGCAGCAUUUUAAAUGCGUCUUAAAAUGUGAUGUAAAAAUGGUGUCUACAUUACAGUGUUUUUACACAAACACCUUUCUUAUUAUUAAAUUGUAUGAUAUAUUGGUUUGUCAAAUUAAUGAACCCUCAAUAAAUUAGCACCCUAUAUUAGAAUAGUUCUCUUGCAUAUCUAUGUCCUCUGCUUAAGCCAUUUGAUUUAAUGUAUAUUCACCUUCCUUUCCUGUACCACCUGUGCAUCUGAUGGGCAUGAAAGUCUUUCAGCAAUCUUAGCCAUUUCCUUUCUUAAUUCAAUAGCCAGUCAGGAGUUUCACCUCAAGCACAGAAAACCUUUAAAUCCCAAGUGUUUUCCAGGGAACCUCAAGGCAGAAACAUAUGAAAAAUGCAGUAAGACUUUAAUAAUAGUGCCAGGGGUGAAGCUUCAACUGCUACAGUCCAUGUACUAAAUUUGCUCUGUUACACCUGAAUGAAGUUUGCAAAACAUCUCUAGAACCAUGAAAACAUGAAAUCCAAGUAGCUAGCCCAGACAUUACAUCACAAAAGAUCCCCACAGAAACUCCAGCAAGUAGAGCAAUGGCAGAAGAGCAUGAAAUGCACAUGGCCCAUCUAUUCCAGCCAGGCAGAAAGCCAUCUGCCAGUUUUGAAAGGGUCAGAAGUUCUGCGUAUCCUGCCAGAGAUGAACGUAUCCUUUGUCGGGUUGCAACUGAGAUGGAGCUUGGAAUGUGAAUAUUGGAAUAUUAGAAUUGCCUGAA